GAGCCCCGCGUGGAUCCCCAGGAGUCGCCUCUCCUGCCCCGAGCUCGCCCUUUUCUCUCUGCCGCUGCAGCUCACCCGGCGCAGGAAGCCGACAGGGCCCCGGGCCGAAGGGAAAACCCCGCGGAAGAAACAUGAGAUUCCCCUGGAAAUCACCCGAGAGGAAGAUGGAAGGGGCCAUUUAAAAGUGACAGAAGCUGCAGGCCGCAAGACUGGGGCCAGAGGGCUGGCAGUGGAAAACUCUGUUGGGUUGUGAUCUCUCACUGAGAAGUUCCAGGUGCUUUUUUGCUUCCUGCAAAACAAAGGAAGAAAAGGAGAAGACCAUGUCCAUAGCUCUGAAGCAGGUGUUCAACAAGGACAAGACCUUCCGGCCCAAGAGGAAAUUUGAACCUGGCACACAGAGGUUUGAGCUCCACAAACGGGCUCAGGCAUCCCUCAACUCAGGCGUGGACCUGAAGGCGGCGGUGCAGCUGCCCAGCGGGGAGGACCAGAACGACUGGGUGGCCGUGCACGUGGUGGACUUCUUCAAUCGGAUCAACCUCAUCUACGGCACCAUCUGCGAGUUCUGCACCGAGAGGACCUGCCCUGUGAUGUCAGGGGGCCCCAAAUAUGAGUAUCGGUGGCAGGAUGACCUCAAGUAUAAGAAGCCGACCGCACUGCCCGCUCCCCAGUACAUGAACCUGCUUAUGGAUUGGAUCGAGGUCCAGAUCAACAACGAAGACAUCUUUCCAACAUGCGUGGGUGUCCCCUUCCCAAAGAACUUCCUCCAGAUCUGCAAGAAGAUCCUGUGUCGCCUCUUCCGGGUCUUCGUGCACGUCUACAUCCACCACUUCGACCGGGUCAUCGUGAUGGGCGCAGAGGCCCAUGUCAACACCUGCUACAAGCACUUCUAUUACUUCGUCACGGAGAUGAACCUCAUCGACCGCAAGGAGCUGGAGCCCUUGAAGGAGAUGACCAGCCGGAUGUGUCACUAGCGCCCCACCCUACCCUGCGGAAGAGAGGGCAGCUGCUCGCUCCUGGUCCUGGAGGCCCAGGUGGGCGGGAGGAGACCUGGCUGAGAUGGCGCUCAGACUUCCAGGAGCCUGCGAGGGGGACAUCUGGGUGACUCCCGAGAGACACGCCCCUCACUUCUGCGUCUUAACCCUGAGUGCUGCUAGCCUCGCCCUGUGGAGUGGCAGCCCGCAGCGCGAUAGAAGGACCCCCACCCCCCUGUCCGCAGAAAGCCCUGCCUGGGCCCGCGCUGGGCCGGAUUCAGGUUGUGAGACUGAGACACUGUGUGCUUUCCCUCCUCUGUCUUGUCCGCCGGCCGACUUUUCCGUCCGUGUGUUCUAAGUCCCGAGUGCACUUGGAUCUCUGGAUGUCCUGCGAGUCUGUCUAAACAAGCCUUCCUCCCGUUCAGUCCCUGCAAACUCCCGCCCUGCUCCUGUGGCCUGACUGUGCGCAGGGCUGUGGAGCUGGAGACGAGGCCCUGGCAGCAUCCACACCGUUUCCCUAACAGGCAUCCUAUCAGGGACACUCUGCGGGGGGCCGUCUCUGCCCCCGGCGGGGUCUGCACACUUACCUACAGGGAAGAGCCUGGUUUCUAGUCACCAGUUCACCCUGAACCGAAUGUGUUUUUAUAACCACGCCAUUCUUUCCACUUAAGAUGUUUGGUCCUGUUUCCCAGAAGAGAGGAAUGGGAGGGAGUUAUAAAUGACCAGGGAUGGUCAGCAGAAGCCCUGAGCCAGAUUAGUGCCGUGUUUGUUCUUCAUUGGGGAGGGGGGGUGGAGGGGGUCGUGGCUGUCGCUGCGUAAUACCAAAUUUCAGCUAAAAAAACAAAAGUACAAUUGGCUGUUGGUGCAUGGAGCUCAGACUCCCGGGCACGGCCUUAACCUUCCCGGCUGGCCCUCUGAGCUUCUGAACCCAGCCAAUGGCCGCUUCCUCUUCCUCCACCCUCUCCUCGCCUCUGCUGUAUUACAUGAUGGCCUGAAAUUAACUUCUGCCCCAAUGAUUGUGCCACAGUUGCCAAGGUAACCGUGGAGCUGCAGCGCAUUUCCUUCUUCCAUCCUCCCCAAGUUUUCCAUUCCAGUAGACAGGAUGCCCACUCUGGGCUACUUCCUGCCUGUUGAAACCCAGGUGAGUGUCACCUCUCUGAUUCAUUCACCACGCGGUGGAGGCCCCGGAAGCCUGUGACUAGGUGGUAACUAUACUUCCAGUGAGCAUUUGAAUAUGGCAAAAUAGCCGUUGGUGGAGGGAAGUAGAAACGAAUGUAUUAGUGCAUUGUAAUGUAGUACCGAUUAAAGAAUAACUAAGCAACUCUGAUUUCUGUUUCAUUAUACAUAACAUAUUAAAGCCAUUUGUGGCGGCCACAAGAGCCUAAGAGCAUGAACUCGUUCUUCGUCCAGACUAAGAAAGGGCUGACUGUCUGGGCUCGGUGGCAUUCUGCAUUGACCCAACCCAACCCUUUGCUUCUCGUCCAAGUUGUCUCAUGGAAUCCAAAUGCUGCUACCUCUCUCCGUGUGGUUAUGCUCUGGCCAGCAAAACUCACUGCCCUUUUAUGUUUGAGAGGACAAGACAGGCAGAGAUGUUUCAGCUUCAUUUGGGGCUGAAAGAACACCUGACUGUCCUAGGGACCCAGAGAAACAGGAACAAGAGCCCCUGCAGGACCACGCACAGCAAGUGCCGUGUGACAGAGCAGGACCUGGAGGAGUUCGGAAGCCUGGACCUGGGACAACCACGGGGCUUUGCAUUGAAAAUGGACUGCGUUCCUGCAUCUCCGUCACAUAGGAUGCUGGACUCUGAAGACAUUUGUUAUUAAUUCUUUUUAAGGUUAUUCCUAGUCACUGUUGGUGCAUCUGAAAUUUCCAUUCAAUUUAAAAAUCCAAAUAUUUUUUUCAACUCCUUGGAACAGAUUCCUCCUGGUUAUAUCGCUCAUUGCACUAAUUAACUCCUCUAGGAUAAGCGCUGGCACACGGCUCUUAUUUUUUAAUUACAGAGCAUUUUUAUUCCCGCAGAACCUUGUUUGGCAAAUUCUAAAGAAAAUCAUUACAGGAGGGCUUUUGUUUUGUUGUUUUUUUUAAUCUUUUUGGCGCGACCACAUCACAAGUACAUCCCAUUGUACAUGGAGGACCUGAGCUCAGGCAGCCCCGCAGGCACCCCUGGCUCUGGGUCCGACACUGACAUCUGGCUUCUUCCUCUGAACCUGCUGGCUCUCCAUCUCCCACUAUGUUUCAGUUGAAUUAUACAUGUAGCCACUCUUCUUUCUUUCUGCGAAAUUUCAAAAAGGGAAGAUUAUAAUGAACAUCCAUAGACCCUUCUUCACAGGCAUCAAUUGUUAACAUUUUUUCAGCUGUUAACAUUUCCAUAUUUUCUUUCUCUCUCUGUAAAUAUUCAUUCUUAUUGAUGAACCAUGUCAAAAUACAAUGCAGACCUCAUAAAACUUUAAAAUACUUUGUCAAUUGUCCCUACAUUAAGAAAGAUCCAAAGACUACAUAAAAUAAGUAAAAACAUAAUAAAUGAGAGCUUUGUCUGCAUACCCAUGACAUAUUUGAAGACCAUUACCAAUGGCCCUUCAGCCUUUUUUCCCUUAGCCGUCUCUCAUUGGCAGAAUUCUCUCGGAAGUCUGUUGCUCCGCUAAGAGUUCUGUAGUCCAACGUGAAACCUUCCCAAAGCUCUCCAUGUCACUGUGCGUUAGGAUGGAACCAAGAGUGAACAUGUAAAAAAUUAUUGCAUGUUUUCUACAAACUAUAUUGUGCCUUUGUUCAAUCCUAACUUGAUUUUUAUACAUUGACAAAUUUUCUGUUCUGUUAGCCCACACUAAAUUAUCAUCUAUAUUAUAUUCAACCAUUUUGAUGUAUCUCCUUGAGUUUUGUUUGUUUUAAACACCUCUUUAAUUGGCAGAGUACUGAGGGACUUGGAUAGGGUUCUCACCGUUUUGUGGUGAUUUACGUCAAUCCAUCAAUCUGGUCACCAGUGGAAGCACAGCACUUCCUGUGACCCCUCGCCUUCCAUCACACCCACACCCCGUGAGCAUCACACUGUGAGAAAAGAAACACUGUAGGAAAGGCAUGGCCCUGUCUCAGAGGAGUGUGUACAAAGGGGUCAGAUGUGUCCCUUGGGUAAUCCUGUUGUCAUUUGUUCUUGGAUCAUUUUGGUCCUUGAUGACGUAGAUGAUUCUCUCUUAGAAUUAUCCAAACAAAGUGUGUUUUGGAAAGAAUUGAUUUUUCCCUGCUUUAAAAAAAUAUAUCAACAAUAAAACAAAACAAACAAAAAAAGCACACCUCUUUACAACAGGCUAUUUAUUUCUGGCCAGUUAUUAAUUCUGGGUAAGAAGUUUUCAAGGAGUAAAUAAGGAUUUUUGUAACUUUUAGAGGGAAGAGUCCAGUUCUAGUCUGACAAUUAAGCUGUUUUGCUAGCUCUUAGUGUUCUCAUUUCAAAGUUUCCAGUAUCUUUUCUAAUUGCAUCAGAAAAAUGAUUAUUUUUAGUUCCAUUUGUGAUUAAAUUAAGGGUUUGACAAUAAGAGCCUACACAAAUCAAUUAGAAAAGCAAGAUAAAGUGAAAGAACUUUUAUGAAAUCAAUUCUGUGUGAGCUUGGGAAUCCAAAUGUCAACAAUAAAGGACAUGUAACCAUCA